AUGGGAGUGCCCCAAACCGUCUCGCCUCGCCGUCCACCCAGCUUACAAACGCCCAGCUUGGCACACGGCUCAGCAACCAGUCUGCCACCAAGUCUAUUGCUCUACCUGCCACUCAGCCUGGCAUCCAAUCCACUGCCCAGCCCAUCACCUGGUCUACUGCUCAGCCUGCUGCCCAGCAUGCCACCAAGUCUGGCGCCCAGCCUGCUGCCCAGCACGCCACCAAGUCUGGUGCCCAGCCUGCUGCCCAGCACGCCACCAGGUCUGGCGCCCAGCCUGCUGCCCAGCACGCCACCAAGUCUGGCGCCCAGCCGUGCGGCCCAGCACACCACCAAGUCUGGCACCCAGCCUGCUGACCAGCACGCCACCAAGUCUGGCACCCAGCCUGCUGACCAGUAUGCCACUCAGUCUGGCACUCAGCCUGCUGUUCAGUCUACCACCCAGCCUGUCACUGAGUCUGGCACCCAGCAUGCUGCCCAGCAGGCCAUCAAGUUUUACACCCAAACUGCUGCCCAGCCUGCCACCCAGUCUGGCACCCAGCCUGUAGCCCAGCAUACCACCCAGUCUAGCACCCAGCCUGUGGCCCAGCAUACCACCCAGUACACCAUCAAGGCUGGCACCCAGUCUGUUAUCCAGUUCACCACCCAUAUUGGCACAAUAUCUGCCAUCCAGUACGUUACCAACUCUACUGACAAGCCUGCCACUCUGCCUAUCACCCAGUCUACGCAGUCUGACACCCAGUCUACUGCCCAACCCACCACCCAGUCACCCAUCCAGUCGAACGCACAAUUUUCCAGCCCAACAACAGCCAAAACUACCACCCCGUCUGCUGCCCCAAAUGGGACGCAGACCUCGGUUGCCUCCUCCCCCAUUGUCCUGAUGGGCUCCUCUCAAAUCUCCAUCAGUGACUCCAGCCACUCUGGGCAUACCGCAGCCGCCCCAGUCACCAUUGGUGAGGGGGCAGAGAUCAUCGUCGCCAACUUGGACAGCAAAGUAAAAGAGACCGCCAUCCCCAUCAUCCUAAAAGCUGGGGAUGAGAUCAUCGUUGCUAGUUUGGACAACACUGGGAACAACAGCAGUCCUCCUGACAACAUCAGUAGCCAGACGGAAAUCAUCAUCUCCAAUGCUGAGGGCUCAGAAAAUGCAACGUCUGCUUCCAUUGUCCUCAGCAGUGGGGACGAGAUUGUGGUCGCCAGUUCUAAUGGUGCUUGGACUGAAACGGCUACUUCCAUCUUGCUCAGCAACGAAACCGAAAUCAAAAUUGCCAGCAUAAAAGAUAGCGAACACCCGAUUGUUUUAGACGGUGGUUUGAAAGUAAUAACUGAAUAUUAUUCAGAAAUGGCAGAGACAGAGGCCAAGCAGGCACGCACAUCUGUCAUCCCAGAGACUUCGGUUCCCAUUAUUCUUACCGGAAGCAAAGCCACUGUGGUGGUCCCAGGCAAGAGUCCCACAGUACAAGAGGCCGUGAUUUCGCCCCACAUGGCCAUGACUAUCGUUGUCUCGUUAGACACCUCUUCUUAUACAUGGGCCCAGUGGAGUGACUGGUACUGCAACUGCCUCAAUAGCAGCAUGUCACGAAUCCGGGGCAUUAUGGACAAAGAGACAGGUGCCAUCCUCCACGCCAAGGACUACCAGCCAAGUUAUUUCCAAAGAGAGCCUUGUAACUAUAAGGUCUGCCAGUGCAGCCAGGAGGACAAGCAGUGCAACGCCACUAAUGUCACCUGUUUAGAGUCCAACCCAUAUGACUGUGUACUCAAUGACAUCGCCUAUCAGGGUGUUUUGGACUCCAAGCAUUACUGGAAUAAGUUGCAAAAGGGAGUCCAGGCCCUUUAUCACAAAAUUAAAACGUUCUUGAGGAAAAAUGCAAAUGAGGAGACAUAGUCAAUGAGAUAAGUGGAUGACUGCACAGUAAAUCAGGAACGGAAGAACUUGUUCAAUCACUGAAGCCAACCCACCGACCAUGAUCGAGGUCACCAAAACCAGGGAUCAAAUGAAAUCAUCACAAUAAGUGAGAUGGUCACAGGAAAGACUUCUGGCAGAACUUCUCUCCAGUGACUCAUUUAUUUCAGUAACCACUCGGUGAAACAUUUUACCUGAUUUCACUUCUUACUGCUAAUUUCAGCAUUUUAAAUUUAUUUUCCGGUCUGUACUUCUAACUACAA